ACGCAGAUCCAGUCCCUGGAGGGUAGAACCCUCCUCGUCCCAUCACUCGUUAUUCACAACAACAGUGUCGGACGCUUUGAGCUUUGAACGGCGCGUUAUCUGUCUCAUUUGCGCCUCCCAGUCUAUGGAUAGGGAAACUGAGAUUUACCAACACCAUGAAUCAAGAAAAGUUAGCCAAACUUCAAGCUCAGGUCCGGAUAGGGGGCAAGGGAACAGCUCGCAGGAAGAAGAAGGUGGUGCAUAGGACAGCUACUGCUGAUGACAAAAAGCUUCAGAGUUCUCUAAAGAAACUGGCUGUGAACAAUAUAGCGGGUAUUGAAGAGGUGAACAUGAUUAAAGACGAUGGAACAGUUAUUCAUUUCAACAAUCCCAAAGUCCAAGCUUCCCUCUCCGCUAACACCUUUGCAAUUACUGGUCAUGCAGAAGCCAAACCAAUCACAGAAAUGCUUCCUGGAAUAUUAAGCCAGCUCGGCGCUGACAGCUUAACGAGCCUUAGAAAGUUAGCUGAACAGUUCCCACGACAAGUAUUGGAUAGUAAAGCACCCAAACCAGAAGACAUUGAUGAAGAGGAUGAUGACGUUCCAGAUCUUGUAGAAAAUUUUGAUGAAGCAUCGAAAAAUGAAGCUAACUAAAAUCCUCUGGGUUUUGGAAGCUGGCAUGGACUAGAUUUAACAAUCAGCUGUGUUGUUCCAAAGUUUUACAGACACAGAGAACAUCACCUGUUAUUAGUUCAGUAAUAUAAAUAUUUUGUAUAUUAAUAAUGCUGUUUGUUCAGCAUUUCUUGGUCAUUUGAUUUUGCAUUUUGCACUUCUUCCCAGGAUAUAUUCUUUUGGUCAAAAUAUGAAGUAUUGGUGCAGUUUGAGGGCGGGCUUUUUU